AUGCCCAAGUGCAAAGACUACCAGUUCUUCCCUGACAGAUGCACUAACUUAGCUGCGAAGAAAGCGCCUCAGCUCAUGAGGGUGCCAAAGGGGCACGUCUUCUACGAGAAUGUCAAGAAGAUGUUCGCGAAGCAGUGGAACGAUCAGAGGCAGAAUCUGCCUACAGUUGCGAAGAUUUACCUCAUCACUUGGACUGCUUACCAGCGCUCAUCGUUUGAGAAGUAUCGUGAAGAAGUUGCAAGAAAGAGAAACAUACCUGAUGACAAGCCGAAAGAGGUCAAGUGUUUCCGCUCUGAGAAACGUGCUUGUAGCCUCGGUGACAAGAGGUCAGAUACUAAGUUGUGUUGGAUGUCCAACUGUCGGCUCUGUCCCGCCAUCCGGACUGCAUUCAAAUCGAGCUUGGAAUAUAAACGCCGGAUGGUGAUGAACAACGCGACGAUUGGCGUUCGCUUUGGGGGUGGGUUGUACAUGUCGCCCUCGUCCAACAAGGCAAUCCAAUACGCUGUGAAUCUCUCGGAAGGCUCAGAGUACCUCACUGUUCUCGUUACGAGGACUGUGCUCGGAAAGAUGCAGUUCCUCAAGGAUGAACAACACCACAGGCUCUCACCUGACAAGGGAUAUGAUUCCGUCAAGGCACGCGCUGAAGGUGGUCCGUUAGAGUAUGUCACAUACCGUAAGGACGCAGUUCGUCCUGCGUAUCUCCUUAUGAUCAACGAACGCAUGUAG